AUGGGUGAUCUUCCCGAGGCUCGAGUACGGCCUACACGGGCAUUCAAAAAGACAGGUGUAGAUUUUGCGGGUCCAUUUAUGAUCAAGUCCAGUUUAAGGCGGAAUGCUCCAUUGAAUAAGGCAUAUGCUUGCUUAUUUGUUUGUUUUAUUACUAAGGCGGUGCACGUAGAAUUAGUAGGCGACCUGACCACUCAAGCGUUUCUUAAUGCGUUGCAGCGGUUCUGUGAUAGACGCGGACUGUGCACGGACAUUUAUUCCGAUAAUGCAAUGAAUUUCGUGGGCGCCAACCGUCAACUCCAAGAAUUGCAAGCACUUUUUCAAUCUACUGAACAUCAGGAGCGUAUUCAGGACACAUUAUCCAAAUCAAGCAUUCAAUGGCACUUUAUACCACCGAGGUCACCACAUUUCGGCGGCCUUUGGGAAGCGGCUGUGAAGUCACUGAAAGCUCAUUUAUAUCGUACACUAGGCAAUGCCUCACUCACUUUUGAAGAGUUGAACACUAUAUUAAUACGUGUAGAGGCAAUUUUAAAUUCGCGACCUUUAACUCCUUUGUCCUCACAUCCCUCCGAUUUAUCCGUUCUCACCCCCGGCCACUUUCUUAUUGGUGACGCAUUAACUUCGCUACCCGAUCGUGAUGAGAGAGAUGUCCCGACCAAUCGAUUGUCGAGAUGGCGACGAGUUGUGCAGUUCACGCAACAGUUAUGGGCCCGUUGGACGAGGGAUUAUCUAACGCAACUCCAGGAAAGGGGAAAAUGGAUGAGCUCCAGCGGACCUAAGCUCGGAGUUGGUACGGUCGUGCUCAUGCGCGACGACAAUGUGCCUCCGCUCCAAUGA